CUGUGGAUCUUUGCCAAACUGCUCCUAGACGUUGACAAACGUUCGAGAGAGUAAACAUCAAACGAAUCUGUAGAGUUAUUGUUCUCCUUUUGAUUUUUAUCUUCAAUCAUCUGAAUUAUCUAGAGUAAAAAUGUCAAUCGGUGUCCCCAUCAAAGUUCUACAUGAAGCUGAGGGUCACACAGUUACUGUGGAGACCAUGCUUGGUGAGGUGUAUCGGGGCAAACUACUUGAGGCUGAAGACAACAUGAAUGUACAGAUGGAAUCAUGCACAGUGACCUACAGGAAUGGACAGACAGCUCGCCUGGAAAAUGUUUUCAUUCGUGGCUCCAAGAUUCGCUUCCUGAUAUUACCAGACAUGUUAAAGAAUGCUCCAAUGUUCAAAAAUAUGACAGGCAGGAAAGGUGGAGCAGCAGGCAGUGGUAAAUCAGCAAUUUUAAGAGCACAAGCGGCCCGAGGUCGAGGCAGAGGUGGACGGGGAGGAAGGGGUUGGGGCCCUGGGGGUGCAAUGAGGAGGUAAACCAUCCCCCUAAUGAGAGGAUCCACUCCAUUUCUUCUUCACUUUGUGUUCCUUUAGGUGUGAUUAAAGGAGCUCCUCAGUUCAUGGGUUCAGAAAUGUUGGAAUGGAAGAUUUAUUCAGUGAGAUUUUUUUUUUUUAACAAGAUUUCAGGUUUAGUUAUUUAUUUUUUGUUUGAACUAUUGGUGAAAUGAUGAAUGCUGAUCAUUUAAAUCUGAUAGCUUCUUUGGACUCAGAUACUUUUGUGCAGAGAAGAAUAAAAUUUUUCAGUUUGAGAUGGUUGGAAUUAUGUGAAAAACAAGGUUUAGUUCAUGCAGAUGUUGGGAAUUUUCUGUUUAUUUAUCUACAGAUUUCCUUUCCUCUGAGUGAUUUAAGAUUGUCUUUGUGUUGUUAUUUUCUCAUUUAUAUUUUCUCUGCCCAAGUUGGUCUUGUACCUGGAAACAAUUUGUAGCUGAUGCCAAAUUAUCAGUUACCAUUACAGGAAUACCAUUCCACAAUUUUUAUAAGAAAUUUAGUACUGUAUUCUGAAUGCUGUACAGUGGAAUGGAAUGCUUUUGUAUGAAUGUCAAUCGAUUAUCUUUGUAUGUCAAGUUUAGAUGUUAAUUUGAAGCUUGAUACAUUAGAUAAAGAAAUUUAUAUGCUCAAAAA